GUUUCCGGUGUUAUGGCGACCACUGGCAACAUCGUCGCUUCAGUCUGGAGGGCAGCAGGCUGUGCAUUCAGGUUGCUGUGAAGGGAGACGGCUAUCUCACAUGUCCCUGUGAAUCUGACUAUGCUGCUCGUGGUAGCGCUGGCCUUAGUUUUUUCUUUCACUGUGGUCACCGCUGAGAGGGCAGAGAACACCAACCACAAACCACCAGCACCGCUGCUCAACUACAGCAGGAUCUCCCUGCCACCAGAGCACGUACCCCGCUACCUCUACAACAACAAGAGGGUUGCCAAGCAGUGCCGUCUGGACCCACUCUGCCCUUUUAAAGAUGGACUGCAGGAUCUGUCUGCCUGCUGGGGUUAUGAGAAGAACUGUGACCCAGAGAAGCGCUUUAGCUAUCCAGUCUGUACCAAAGCUGACUCUGGAUGGGCCCGUUCUCUGGAGGCAGCCCAGGAGCUUUUCUGGAAGCAGGCUGAUUUUGGCUAUGUGAAGGAGCGCCUCUCUGAGCUCAAAACACUCUGCAAGGCCAGCAAGCCAGGGGACUCAUCAUUAAAAUGUAGUAGCUACACACGCUUCUGCAAGGCAACCAACCUUUACCUGGACUUGCGUAAGCCUCGCAGAAGUCAUGAGAGAUACAAUGAGGACUUCAUUCAGAAUGGUGAGAUCGGCGGUUGUUGCAGACUGAACAAGCGAGCACUUGCUGCAGAGGGAGAGCACAAGAGCCCCUUACAAUCCUGGUACGCUGAGCUGCAGGCAUACACAGAGCUGGACUUUGAUCCCAUAGAGAAAGGACAUUGUGACAUCAUCAUUAAAAAACCCACUGUUUUCAUGAAACUGGAUGCUGGGGUGAACAUGUACCACCACUUCUGUGACUUUGUCAACCUCUACAUCUCCCAGCACAUCAACAACUCCUUCAGUUCAGAUAUCAACAUCAUCAUGUGGGACACGAGUUUUUAUGGUUAUGGAGAUCUGUUCAGUGAAACAUGGAAGGCCUUCUCAGAGUAUGACAUCAUCCACCUGAAGACCUAUGACUCGAAAAGAGUGUGUUUCAAAGAUGCCUUCUUCUCCCUCCUCCCAAGAAUGAGAUAUGGCCUCUUCUACAACACGCCUCUCAUCUCAGACUGCUACAGUGAAGGAAUGUUCAGGGCGUUCUCCCAGCAUGUCCUCCAUCGACUGAACAUCCCGCAAGAUGGACCAAAGGAGGGGCGUGUUCGUGUCACCCUGCUGGCUCGCAGCACGGAAUACAGAAGGAUAUUAAACCAAGUGGAGCUGGUAAAUGCCCUCAAGACUGUGCCUUUACUGGAGGUCAACGUGGUGGACUACAAAUACAAGGAUGUUCCCUUCCUGAUGCAGCUGAGGAUCACCCACAACUCUGACAUCUUUAUAGGCAUGCACGGGGCGGGUCUCACACACCUCCUCUUCCUCCCUGACUGGGCUGUCAUCUUUGAGCUAUAUAAUUGUCAGGAUGAGAGCUGCUAUCGAGAUUUGGCUCGGCUGCGGGGCAUUCGAUACGUGACUUGGCAGAAAAUGGACAAAGUGCUCCCACAGGACAAGGGUCACCAUCCAACCCUCGGGGACCAUCCCAAGUUUACCAACUACUCCUUUGAUGUGGGGGAGUUCAUGCGCCUCAUGCUGGAGGCGGCUGAUUACGUCACGCACCAUCCCAAAUGGCAGAGUCGGACCCUUCGCGAUGAACUCUAGAGUCUCUGUGAAUGUGGGACACAGACUAGUGGCUGCUGAAGAAUUUCUAACGUGAACCUGCCGUUUGUUGCGAUCUGCAGGCCUCUUUAUGUCAGCAGUCAUUUUUAAAGAUUUUUUUAAAUUUAAGUUACCUCAUCCACCAGUGGAUUUCAGUGGUCUGAUAGGGUACUUGUCACCUGUCACAUUUGUCCGCUGCCUUGGUAUGUCUGGAUGGGCGAAAGCAGUAUUAUAUAGCUUCCCACCAGCUCCAUUAGUAUCAAAUCACUGAAAGGACGAGGUGCGUGCAGUCGAAGCAUCUGGAGGGCGAUAAGAUGUGUCCUAUGUUUCUUCAUUACCUCUGUUGCGUCUGCUUCAUUCCACGCCGACAAAGUGAGCUAAUGAGCAGCUGUUGCGGCGUCCCGUCACAUGCAACAUCUUGUCACAUUUGAUCAGAGUCACCUUGACGCGAGCCUCCUCAGAGCGGCUGACAAUCACGCCAGAGUUUCUGAGCACAUCUAACAUACACCAGGCUAAUAUGAUGUGCAGUAUUCAACAUGCUGGAUUCACGUACGUACUCGCAGACUUUGGCUUUUUUGCAUGCAGUUUCAAGUGGUUUUAAGUUCUGUUCAUUCCAAGCACUAAUAACUAAAAGUAGAGACAGAAGGUCGCUCCUACUGCCAAGAGGGACUUUCUUUUAUAUCACUAUUAGCAUUUGUAUGUGUGCAAGUACAGCAAUACUUUAAUAGGAAGUACUGUGAACCACACAUUCAAGUAUUGGUCGAUAAAAUUCAACACUCCAUUGUUUCAUGCAACAUAAUGAAAAUGAUGUAAGUAUCAAAAACAUCUGGCAGGCUUUUUAAAUCUACACAAUUUUCUUUUACAUUGGUUAACAUUAAAUAUUUAAACAUACAAUAUGUAUGUCCUGCUGGUUUGAUGGAAUACGCCAUUGAUGCUGAUGCCUAUCUUUAUUAGGAAUUCCUUUGUAUUUUACCAAAGGAAAUGUCGUCGGUAUGGUCAAAGGAUGAGGGUGCUGCUGUUGUCUGUUACCUUUCCUAAAGCCUUUUGAAUGCUGUUAGUUCUAGAUUUGAUAGUAAAUUAGCCUAAAGUGGAAUGAGCACAAUUUACAUGCAGUCUGAUGCAAUGCACAAGAGCAUUUUGAGCAUUCAGCAGAUCAUUUUCAUGUCUCUUGGCUUCUCCGUGAGCUUGAUGUUUUAUUUAUCAAUGAAACCAUGUUGAACUCAGCCAGGCCUUUUUGGUCAGGGCUUUGCUCGCCUUGUUGGUGAUUUCAUAUUCAAAAGCUGUGUAAUAUUUUGAAAUAAAUAAUUC